AAAAGCGGGAAAAGCGACAGAGGCAGCAGUAACAGUAAACAGUAAACAAACAAAAACAAAAACAGAAACAGGCAAACAAACAGUGAAACAGUGAAACUUGCAAUGCAAGAGAGAGAGAGGAGGAGAGAGCGAAAGAUUUCCCAAUUUUCCCUGCACUUGCACACACUGAGCAAAUCAGCGAAAGCCGAGUGGCGUUCGGGCAUUGGCUUUUCCGCUCGGCUUUUUCCGCUUUUCCGUUAAGGAUAAGUUGCUCGGCUGCUAGCCAGAUUCUGUCAUAACGGCUUCGGCACUCGUGGCGUUCGUUUCGCUUUUCCAGCAAAAAUUAACAGAGCCAAUCUCCCAAUUAAUUUCAAUUCGCUUUCGAAAACGUUUUUUCAAGUUUAUACUCCCCGUUUUUUUUGCUGUGCUUUCAACGCGAGUUAAAAAAUUAAUAAAUAAAUAAAAAAUAAAAAACCAAAACAAAGAUUGAGCGCUAAAAAACACUCGGAAACUCCAAGGAAACACAACACACAUUUGAAUCGAGUCCGGAACCCAAAGAAACAGAAAGAAAACCAACAGCAGCAGCACCGAAACCGGCGGCACACAUUUACUAUGUGGUCGACGGCAAAAUGACCCUCCUGUCGAACAUUCUCGACUGCGGAGGCUGCAUUUCCGCCCAGCGCUUCACCCGCCUGCUGCGCCAGUCCGGCUCAUCGGGACCAUCCCCAUCUGCACCGGCGCCGGGUACAUUUGAAUCCAAAUCCAUGCUGGAGCCAACAUCCUCGCACAGCCUGCCGACCGGUCGAGUGCCACUGCUGCACGAUUUCGAUGCCUCGACAACGGAAUCGGCGAGCACCGCCUAUGUCCUCGAUGGGGUCGCCCGGGUGGCACGGGUGGCCCAGUUGGCCCUGGAGCCCACCGUCAUGGACGCAUUGCCGGAUGCGGACACGGAACAGGUCCUCAGUAAUCUCAACAGCAGCGCGCCCUGGAAUCUAACGCUUGCAUCGGCGGCGGCCACCAACUUUGAGAACUGCUCGGCGCUUUUUGUCAAUUACACCCUACCACAACCAGGACUGUACUGCAAUUGGACCUGGGACACAUUGCUCUGCUGGCCACCCACUCCGGCCGGAGUCCUUGCACGGAUGAAUUGUCCUGGCGGCUUUCACGGCGUAGAUACGCGCAAAUUCGCCAUCCGAAAGUGCGAGCUGGAUGGACGAUGGGGCAGCAGGCCAAAUGCCACGGAGGUGAGUCCGCCGGGAUGGACGGACUACGGGCCGUGUUACAAGCCGGAGAUUAUCCGUCUCAUGCAGCAGAUGGGCAGCAAGGACUUCGAUGCCUACAUAGACAUAGCCAGGAAGACGAGGACCCUGGAGAUCGUGGGCCUGUGUCUCUCCCUGUUCGCCCUGAUAGUUUCCCUGCUGAUCUUCUGCACAUUUCGCUCCCUGCGAAACAAUCGCACCAAGAUCCACAAGAACCUCUUCGUCGCCAUGGUGCUGCAGGUGAUCAUCCGUCUGACCUUGUAUCUCGAUCAGUUCCGGCGGGGCAACAAGGAGGCGGCGACCAACACCAGUCUCUCCGUCAUUGAGAACACGCCCUAUUUGUGCGAGGCAUCCUAUGUACUGCUGGAGUACGCUCGUACCGCCAUGUUCAUGUGGAUGUUCAUCGAGGGCCUGUACCUGCACAACAUGGUCACGGUGGCGGUGUUCCAGGGCAGCUUUCCCCUCAAGUUCUUCUCGCGACUUGGCUGGUGUGUGCCCAUUCUGAUGACCACCGUGUGGGCGAGAUGCACGGUCAUGUAUAUGGACACCACGCUGGGCGAGUGCUUGUGGAACUACAACCUCACGCCCUACUACUGGAUCCUCGAGGGACCACGACUAGCAGUUAUACUGCUCAACUUCUGUUUCCUGGUGAACAUUAUCCGUGUGCUGGUGAUGAAGCUACGUCAAUCGCAGGCCAGCGACAUUGAACAGACUCGCAAAGCCGUUAGAGCGGCUAUAGUCCUACUACCACUUUUGGGUAUAACCAACCUACUGCACCAGCUGGCUCCUCUGAAGACGGCCACGAAUUUCGCCGUCUGGUCGUAUGGCACCCACUUUCUUACCUCGUUUCAGGGAUUUUUUAUAGCGCUAAUUUACUGCUUUCUAAAUGGCGAGGUUCGUGCCGUGCUGCUGAAGAGUCUGGCCACCCAGCUGUCGGUUCGAGGCCAUCCGGAGUGGGCGCCGAAGAGGGCAUCUAUGUACUCGGGUGCUUAUAACACGGCGCCGGAUACGGAUGCAGUGCAGCCCGCUGGAGAUCCUUCGGCCACUGGAAAGCGAAUAUCACCGCCGAAUAAGAGGAUGAAUGGAAGGAAGCCGAGCAGCGCCAGCAUUGUGAUGAUCCACGAGCCGCAGCAGCGCCAGCGACUGAUGCCCCGGCUGCAGAACAAGGCGCGGGAAAGGGGCAAGGAGCGGGUGGAGAAGGCGGAUACGGAAGCGGAGCCGGAACCGGAUCCGGCCAUCACCCGCAUUCACAGCAAGGAAGCGGGCAGCGCGCGAUCACGGACUCGCGGCUCCAAGUGGAUAAUGGGCAUCUGCUUCCGGGGUCAAAAGGUACUGAGAGUACCGUCAGCGUCAUCCGUGCCACCCGAGUCAGUUGUAUUUGAGUUGUCAGAGCAGUAGACCAAAACCUAGCCUAACUCGUAGAUGUAGCCAUAGCCGUAGCCAAAUAGCCGUAGAAGUAGCCAACGCCACAGUAGCCACCACCACAGUAGCCAGCACCUACCACCCGCCCACCACCACACAUCGGUCCGGAAAUGCCAAAUGCCCCAAAAAGCUAACCCAGAACCCAGAUUAAUCCUGCAUCUCCCAACGACUCACAAAGAAAGCAAGCUGGAAACAGCCUAUGUAUAUUGUAAAUUCCCCCAUUCAAAAUAUCGCAGUUCUAAUUCCCAAGAUCAUUUCGAACAGAAAGUAAGCUCAUUGUUUCAUUUGAAUAGUUGAUUUGCGCUUGCCUUCCUUGCUCCCCAGUAAUUAUGUGUACAUACCUUUAUGCCUCUAUAAGCCAGAUCCAAACCGAAUUCCCCAACACUCUUAACCUCCUCCUGUCCUAUCGAAAUCGGCGAAUCCUGCGUACUCAAAAUUGAAAUUUCCUUACAAGUUUAACUAAAUACUUUUGAUGACAAUAAAUUUCCAAUAGCGUCA